GUAGAACCGCGAAGACUCAAGCACCCUGAUAAAGCAGGCAUCGAAACCCCGGAUAUUUCUCUCCCCGAGCGGCAACCACCGGCUAUUUCGCCCUUCCCACACCCUCAAUUUACCCUAACUCCCACAACAACCCUACUACAAACAUCCGGCUCGAUCCUACCACGUCGCUCAAGGUGCCAUGCGACCUCCAUGCAGUUCAUAUCCGUAUCCCAACGUCAUUAAACGCGCAGUGGAGGCAAUCCCAGCCGAACCUACCAACGCACGUACAAGGCUUGCAUCCCCUGCCGGGAGCGCAAGGCGAAAUGUGAGAUUGACCCUGGGCCGGAUGGGAUGGCUGGGCCGCCUUGUGCGAAGUGUCGCAGGGAGCAGAGGGAUUGUGUGUUUCCGGAGAAGCGCGCUUGGGAGAGAAGGAGGAAGAGAGGUAUGUAUCUGGGUGGGUGGGUUUUACUAUUGUUGUUACUACGAUGCUGGUCCGAUGAUUUGUUCUGACUUGGGACUGCGAUAGACGCUCCGGAAGAUGCGUCCUCGUCAGUGCCACGGAUGCGUCGACGCACAGGGAGCAGCGUUCGACGUGACACAGAUGAUGCAUACCAACCAUUUCGUAGCGCUCGUACGUCGCUGCAUUAUGACAGUCCUCAUGAAGACAACAGGAACAGCCCACCCUCGGAUAUAUCCGGGAGUUGCCAAAGCCGACAUCAGUCCACCUCGACGCUGGCCAAUUCAAUGAUGCGCACUGUGGUGUCUAGCGGUAACGACGCACUUAAUAUUCUCUUUGAGGCCGCGGCGGCGCAUAGUCGAGAGCAAGGUGCAAAUGAAUCCGGAGUUCGAUCGGAGAAUGCGCAUGAUAUAAUGGGCAACUCCGGCAAUCCUCGAUCCUCAACCAACCGGGUGCAAUCCGGCGUCGCCCCGGAGGCUCUCGCAAAAGCUAUGCGGCCGGUAGAGCUCUCUCAUGCGUCCAGAGAGGUUCUGGAUGUCUGGGAAGCGUGCCGGUUGGUUAAAAUGGGGUGGUUUACUUCAAGAGAAGCGGUCACGUUUAUUGAUCUCUUCUUCAAAAACAUGUCGCCGCUCUCUCCAAUUCUGACCAACAUAUACGCAGACCACGCCAACCACUGCUGGCUGGUCUCUCGAGACCCUGUGUUAUGUUGUACGAUCUUGAUGAUAUCGUCGCGCUAUCACUUGCUGCCUGGGGCAGGCGGCGAGUCGAGGAACUUUUUUAUCCACCACCGGCUGUGGCAGCAUUGCCAGCAACUUGUUAUGCGACUCAUGUUCGGCCAAGAGAAAUCGUCUCAGCCGAAGAUCCGAAGCAUCGGGACAAUCGAGGCCCUGCUUUUGAUGUCAGAGUGGCACCCGCGGUCCCUGCAUUUCCCACCAGAGAGCGACGGCUGGGACUUUGAUUUGAUCACUGUGCCCCCCGAGCCUCGAGAAUCCGGCGACAGCCCCUCGACAAACCGGUGGCUGGAGGACAUGAUCGAGCCGGCGCGGAGAUCCGACCAAAUGUCGUGGAUGCUGCUUGGUUCUGCCUUGUCUCUGGCACACGAGCUUGGGAUCUUCGAGGUUGACGAUAAGAAGUGGAACUACUCCGCAGGCUACGAAGACUACAUAUCCACCGAACAGUUGAAGCUUCGAAGGCUGCGGGUGCAGCGGCUGCUCUACGUGUACAUCAACCAGCUGGCCUGGCGCAUUGGAUGCGUGUCGCUUAUUCCACAGAGCCUGAACCAUGCCAUCUUAGGUCGGCAGUCGGCCAAAGAGCUAAGCCAGUCGGGAGACGAGUGGCUGACCUUUAUGGAUUCCUGGAUGGAUCUCACCAAACUGGCGAAAUCCGUGACGGAUAUGUUCUUCCCGUCGGUGCCCUUCGCAAGACAGCAUCUGCACAGUGGCCGGUAUAUUGAUCUACUGGACCAUUUCCGACCGCUACUGUCGAAGUGGGAGGAGAAACACCUUCAGCCGCGAUCACUUAACAAACACUUCUUUGACAUUUUGUUCAUUGAAUAUCAUUUUGUUCGCGUCUAUACCCAUUCGGUCGGAAUGCAGGCAGUCGUUGAGCGCGUUCUGGAAGACAACGACCACAACGUAGAAGAAGUUCGCGCCAUGAACAUCGACCCAACCGAUUACGAGUACAUCCAGGAGGUGAUCGACGGGUGCUGUCAGAUCCUCCAGAAAGUCGUGCAGCUCGCGCAAAUGGAAGCGCUGCGAUUUUGUCCCGUGCGGAUAUUCCUUCGGAUUACCAGUUCCUCGAUAUUCCUCAUGAAAGCGCUUAGUCUCGGGACUCGCCAAGCGACGCUCCGCGAAUCGCUCGAUAUCCUCGAACAGAGCAUACAGGCGUUGCGAUCGAAUGCAUUGGACGAUAUCCACCUGAGCACUCGGUAUGCCACGCUGCUCGACAUGCACGUGUCGCGUCUCCGGCGCAACUUGUUGGCAUCCUCCAAAUUCAUGAAGAAUAGUAACCAUGGAUCCGCGAACCGUCCGUCUGCGGGGCCGGUCCCAUGUGUAGACCAUGGACAUUGUCCCUCGACCGUGGAGACAUCCAUCCCGCAAAACAUACCAGAUAUGAGCUUCAUCCCAUCGUUGAACGAUAUUUCCGCGGACGACUGGCUUUCCCUGCCAUUCGAUCCGUCCAUGGCUCCCUUUGGUAUCAGCAGCGGAGGGCAGUUUCCAGCAUAUGAGGGCGGCGCGUUGAACUUCAUCUGGAAUCUGCCAUCAUGAGCGUGCCCUUUGUUCAAACAUAUAGCCCUAAUUCUAUAGAUUCGCUGAAGUUAAUAAUAUACCCAAAGAUUUGCAGGUUG